CUGAUGUGCUGAAGCCUGCCAGUUGCAUCAUGAGAGCUAAAGCCCCAAACAAGCACAGUAAUGACUGUGUCAAAGUGGCUGUCAGAGUGCGCCCGUUCAACAAGAGGGAGAGGGAUGCAGGCAGUCGCUGCAUCAUCUCCAUGGUGUCCACCUCCAUCAGCAUCCAGGACCCGCGGGACUCUCAGAACCAGCGCUCAUUCAGCUUUGAUUACACCUACUGGUCUCACAGUGGCUUCAUUAGAGAUUACAGCGGCCUGUAUGUUCCUGAGGAGCAGGGGGGGCGAUAUGCUGACCAGGACAGGGUGUUUCAAGACCUGGGACAGGGAAUACUGGAAAACGCUCUGCAGGGUUACAACUCCACCUUGCUGGCGUACGGGCAGACCGGCUCCGGAAAGAGUUAUUCGAUGAUGGGCUACGGACCCAACAAAGGCCUGGUUCCUAAGCUCUGCGAUCGUCUGUUUCAGGCAUUUGGAGAAACCCAAGACAGCAGACAGUGUCAGGUCUUUUUCAGUAUGCUGGAAAUUUAUAAUGAGCAGGUGGUUGACUUGCUGUCUCGUGGCUCCAGAACUCCAGGCGGGCUGAGAGUCAGAGAGGAACUGCAGAGAGGUUUCUAUGUGGAAGGGCUUCGUAAAAUUCCUUGUGAGAGUGCAAAGCAGGUACACAAGAACGGGAAAAGGACACAAUAGAGAAAAGUAUAAUUUAGACCAGGAGUGACCACAUUACGGCCCUGGGACCAGGUGCAGCAACUAUUUAAUGUGGCCUGCCAAAGUGGAAUAAUUAUUAUUAUUGUUUUAUUUUUCCAGUAAAUCUGGUUUCUUCCCAUAGAUGGAGCUCUACAAAUGCAUUGACAUUCGUCUAGGUGCAGAAAGUUAAUCUACAUUCAUGUGGUGUUGAAAGAUUUGCUGUUUUUCAGAUGUUUGUGUGUUUUCCAAGUCAGAUAGUCAUUUUUCCAACAAUCCAAACACCACAUGAAUGCAGCAUUCUUCUAAGUUUGCGUUUAUACCUGAGAGACAUCAACCUAUUGCUGCAAUUGGCACUUAAAUGGAGUAAAAAGUCACAAAUUUUGAGAUAAAAUUGAAAUUAAAUUUAAUUAAAAUUUUAAAAAAAAAUUUUGUCCUUUAUCUCGAACAAUGCAUACAAAGUACAUCGCAAAAAAACAAAAAAACAA